CCGGCCCGGGCGGCAGGGGCAGAUCGCACCGUACACACAACAGCGGCAUUUCGGGCCUCGUUUCUGACGCCGGCUCUUGGUGCGGGCUCAGCGGGCAGACGGCGCCACAACGACCGGGGCGCUCAGGACCCCCCUCGCUCACAGUCAGCACCUCGGAAUCAUCGCACGGCCAACGAGCUGCUCGGCACCUGGCACCGGUACCGCAGUCCACCCACCAUCACCCACCAUCACCCACCAUCACCCACCAUCACCCACCAUCACCCACCACCACCCACCAGUGCUGUCAUCGUGUGCGUGAUUCCAGAUGACAGCAGUCACACGACAAGAGGUGCUGGGCCUUUACCGCAAGAUAUUCCGGAUAGCCAAGAAAUGGCAGUCGGCAUCAGGACAGGUGGAACAAACUGCUGCAGAGAGGGAGUACAUUAUAAAAGAAGCCAAAACGUUGUUCCGAAAAAACAAAGAUGUGACAGAUCCGAAGCUGAUUAAGCAGUGCAUAGAAGAAUGUGAGGCAAGAAUAGAAAUUGGACUUCACUACAACAUCCCCUACCCGAGACCCAUCCAUCUGCCUCCCUUGGGCCUUGCCCAGAAACAAGGCCGUACGUUCCGACAUCAGGAAAAGCUGAGGAAGAUUUCUAAGCCAAUAUACCUGAAAUCCCAUGAUGAAAUUUCAUAACCCAUCGUUUCAGCUGUGAUGUGCUGGGACUGCAGUGCAGGUGGUUUGUGCGCACAGCUGUGAAUGAAGCUGUUCUGGUCACUUGCUACCACGUCACCUGGGGCCUCGCCAGAAAACUACGGAUGUGAUGCACGCCAUGGCCAGGGCUGGGCUGGUAUUAGUGACAGUUCAGCCACUGACUGAUCAAUAAAAGUGGCCCUUGGCAAGGAGUGAGGUUUGAUACUUUGACAUCAGGACAAAUUACAACAGUUUUUCAAAUCCUCUUAAUCUAUAGAAGGGCUCUUCCAUGGUUUGAGGACGAUAUAUGCUCAGUUAUGAUUCAGGGAAGGAAAAAGAAAAAUGCUGCACAAAGAAGCUAGUCUAACAAUGAGAGAAAUAUCAAAAAAUAGAAAUGUCAAAUCCUUUAGGGUGGAUUAAAAAAAACACUUUGUUUUAAUGUACGUACUGAAUUUCAGCUAAUUUUAAUCAUAUUAAAAGUAGAAACCAUCCCCGUUAGUUUCAUUAAAACUAAGAAAAGUG